AUGUCUGCCCUCACCUCGGAUGGGUUUGCUGUCUCUCCAAUGUCGGAACGAUACAAUCCCUUAGCCCAGGUGACGGUUUCACCACUGGGAACGCCGAUACCUCCAUCUGCAGAUACCUUUACAGCGAAGCCUGGGAUCGAACACGAGCGCCAACCAGUUGAAAACGAACGCCAACUGAUCCAACACGAGAGCCGGAUCAACGACGACUGUCUUCCAGAGGUUGUUUCAAACGCCAUUGUCAGAGUCGAGCCUCCAGUCUUGGAAACACCAGACAAUCGUAUCGAAUAUGUGUCCAGUCUGGAGGUCAUGUCAAUCACGCCUCGAUCAGUUACACCCCGAACAGUUACACCUUUACACAUGCUUGGAGAUCAACCCGAAUCGAUCGAUUGUCCGUUCUGCCAUCGUCGUACCGAGACUCGUGUCAGGAAGAAACCGUCAAACGCCACACAUCUACAAGCGGUUCUCCUUUUAUUUACUACGGUCUGUGGAGUGGCUGCUCCUUAUGUGGCCGGGUGGUCGUUUGAUAUUGAGCAGAUUUGUCAGAAUUGCAGCAACAGAGUGGCAUACAAGGCCCAAGGGAAGGAAUUACACCUUUGCAAAGCCCCUGAGUCAUGGAAAGAGCCGUCAAAGUUUCCCGACGCUGAGUGAGUUUUGGACGGUCAACUGCGGUGUUUUACGGUGUUGGUUGGCGGAGUUGU